AUGGCGUCGACAUCCAUUUGGAGGUCAUUGGCGUUCGAACAUCAGCAGUUCAUAUCGUCCUCAAAAGUUGGGCAUGAACAUCAAGGCGCAUGUGCAGCAGGAGUCAUCACAACUCGGGACUUUGUGGAACUUCGACAGAGACGGCGUUCACGUCAAAACAAACACCAAAGGUGCACAAGGUCUAUAAACGCCCAAAACGAAAUCAGGAACAGUUGUACAGCGCUUCGUAUAUAUAGCGUAAGCGGCUAUAAGUUUCUGGAAUUUCUGACGCGUUCUGGAGCUCCAUUGGCAACCGGCAUUUGGCCAAUACUGGGUCAUGAUUGGCUGUUGGGUCCAGAUUAUUGGCGUGACAGUCGCUUCAUUCCAACAAGAGGGAAGCCUGCCUUCGUCAAUCGACUGACGAAGUGUUUAGAGGAAAUGCCUUUCCAGUGUGGGCGACGUUUCCUUCAGGACCUUUGGGUGGACCUCGUCUGCUCCAAACGCGCUGAAGGGGUUUGUCUUGUGCAAGAGUUGUCAACUAUAUUCAUACUAGAUGGAAAAUCGUUUUUUCUCGUCUAG